CGUACCCAUGUCAACACGCUGGAAAUUAUUUCACUUUUACCGGUGAGUGGCAGAAUUGGAUCGGCUACUGAUUUUGAUUCGAGAACAUUGGCACAGUCGAGCAGUCAAUUAAACACAAGCUUCCCGUGCGUCGCACGCGUAGCGUUUUGUUCCCCGACGCCUUUGCUAGGAAAAUUGACACUGACUGAAUGCCCAGUGGAGCGACAAUUACGGUCGGAUAUCGUCACGAGAUCAGGUUCCCAUUCAUAAGCUGCGUGCCUAUCGGGCAGCAAAUGCACAAUUUAUGUAUUCCUCGCGACACGUCACUCAAUUUCAGCGCGGCGGGAAGCGUGGAAAUCUAGGUUUGAUGAAAACCGUUCGAUCAUUGCAGUAUGCGCUAACGGUUCGUAAUUAAAUCGUUGGUCAAGAUGAUGAAUCGAAAGAUUGACAUUUCAGCAUUUUCGUGGUUGUUUUGCAUAACACUCACCUGAGGUCGUCAUCUGACGACAAGAACGGCUAGCAGUAGGGUAGCCGAGCAAAAGGUGAGAUAGUGUUCAAGCUUACAGAUACUUGACCCACGAUCGGCGGCGAGAAGUUGGGUUGAAUGGAUCCGGUCGAGAGGAUCAGUAUGUCAGUGAUCGCUUACUGCGCUACAUCGUAAAUUGCUGAUUGCAGUUUACUUUUUUAUCUUUCGAUCGGUAACGACGAAACACGCAAUGACGUCACGCCGGCUGUGGCAGGCUGUAACUUUGAGCGCGAUCGUAGCCUUAAUCGAUCAAGGUGACAUCGUUGUCGGAUUGGAGUGUCACUUUUGCAUAGGAAUGAUCAGCUGCAACCGAAGUGGGGAAGAAAUUGAAACAAUGCCCUGCACGGCCGAAAUCGUCCACAGAACCAACGAGUCGCUAGCCAGUUUUAUGCCGACUCUAGUAAAAACCCAGGUGUUAAAUCGAGAGGAGUUUCAGUGUGUUCACGUGAAGGCAACUUCUUUGUCGGAUAGGACCUUUUUGUUUAUACGCGGGUGCGUCUACGCAACAGUGAGUUCGAUCGAGUUUUGCGACCUGAGACACGCAAGCUUUCAAGGAACGCGUGAGUGCGUGGCUUGCAACCGUGAGGAUCGCUGCAACGAUGUUAUCCUUAGUGGUAGUGAACGGAAUGUGAUUAGUGCAAUUACUAUGGUUGGGGUGUUUGCAGUACUCUGUGUAGUAAAUCAUGUCUACCUCCGUCUGAAUGUAUAAUAAAGCAUGUAAUUUAUUUCCUCUUCA